GCACGGCUCCACGCUGCUGUGAAUGGAGCACAGCGUGGACUUAUCUCUAAUUUACCAACCAUAGAUUUAACCUUUAACCCACUUAAAACAUCGCAAUCGGACAAUGAGCUUCUUCUACAUCAAGACAGCAUGAUAUUUGGCCUAGAUACCAAUAUCUAAGAUCGCAUAUAUUUAAUCCGUCUCCGGGUGAUCAUCACCUUGUGCAGCGUGCUUUUCACGUGGAAACUUCGGCGAAAAGGGAAAACGCGCCACACGGGCCAUCCAGUUCUGUUCAUAUACCUUACUAUUAAGCGCUAGAUAUUCGCUGAGAUUCUUUUUGCGUUAGGAAUACUAACAUUCAGUCAUGUUGAUGAAAACUGCAUCUUUAGUAUUGGAGGACGGGACAACAUUUAAAGGCCGUCUGUUCGGUGCCGUAUCCUCAGUGUCCGGUGAAGUUGUUUUCCAGACAGGAAUGGUGGGUUAUCCAGAGGCUCUAACAGAUCCCUCUUACAAGUCCCAAAUACUAACUCUGACAUAUCCGCUGAUUGGCAAUUAUGGUGUUCCAGAAGAUGAAGAUGGAGAGUUUGGACUCAGCAAGUGGUUUGAAUCUUCCAAAAUCCAUGCUGCAGCUCUGAUUGUUGGGGAGCUCUCUGAGAAUCCCAGUCACUGGAGCUCCGCCAAGUCUCUGGAUCAGUGGCUCCGAGAGCAAGGCAUCCCUGGACUUGAAGGAGUUGACACUCGAUGCUUGACCAAAAAGAUCAGAGAAAAGGGAACCAUGUUGGGAAAACUUGUGGUGGAAGGAACUUCUGCCAAUGACAUUCUAUUUGAUAAUCCAGACACCCGAAAUCUUGUUAAGGAAGUUUCCAUGAAAGAACCAAAAGUUUUUAAUCCAGAAGGCACAGUGAGAAUCACUGCCAUAGACUGUGGCAUCAAGUACAACCAGAUCCGUUGCCUGUGCCAGAGAGGUGCCCAGGUCACCGUUGUCCCCUGGAAUGAUCCUCUAGACAGCAAUGAGUUUGAUGGGUUGUUUAUCAGCAACGGUCCUGGCAAUCCUGAGUACUGUAAGGAGACCGUAGAGAAUAUACGGAAGGUUGCAUGUGUGGAGAAUCCCAAACCUGUCUUUGGGAUUUGUCUGGGCCAUCAGCUGCUAUCUUUGGUCAUUGGCGCAAAGACAUACAAAAUGAAGUAUGGUAAUCGUGGCCAUAACCAACCCUGCAUCCAUAAAGGAACAAAUCGCUGUUUCAUCACCUCUCAGAAUCAUGGGUUUGCUGUGGAUCCCAAAACUCUCCCAGAAGACUGGGAUGUGCUCUUCACCAACGCCAAUGACCAAACCAGUGAGGGCAUUGUUCAUAACCACAAACCACUCUUCAGUGUCCAGUUCCAUCCUGAACACAUGGCAGGCCCAACAGACCUUGUUGGUCUCUUUGAUGUGUUCCUGGAUACAGUCAAAGAUGCUAAAGAGGGCAAAACUGGAAAAUCAGUUAAGCAAAAACUAACAGAGCACCUGAUUUUCCCUGGAUCUCCUGACUUGGAAGCAUUUGUUCGACCUCGUAAAGUUCUGGUUCUAGGUUCAGGAGGGCUUUCCAUUGGACAGGCUGGAGAGUUUGACUAUUCUGGAUCUCAGGCUAUAAAAGCUCUUAAGGAAGAGAACAUCCAAACAGUUCUCAUCAACCCGAACAUUGCCACAGUACAGACCUCAAAGGGCCUGGCAGACAAAGUCUACUUCCUCCCGAUUACACCAGAGUAUGUCACACAGGUGAUAAAGAACGAGCGUCCAGAUGGGGUGUUGCUCACAUUUGGCGGUCAAACGGCUCUGAAUUGUGGUGUGGAGCUCACCAAACAAGGAGUGCUGGAAAAAUACAAAGUGCGUGUGCUUGGAACCCCAGUGGCUUCCAUAGAGAUGACUGAAGACAGAAAGAUCUUUGUGGAAAAGAUGGAGGAAAUCAAUGAGCAUGUUGCCCCCAGUGAAGCGGCCAUGUCUGUUGAACAGGCAGUUGCUGCUGCUGAAAGACUCGGCUAUCCUGUUCUUGUCCGCUCUGCAUUUGCCCUGGGUGGUUUGGGUUCAGGCUUUGCCAAUAAUAGAGAGGAAAUGAUCACACUGGUCACCCAGGCCUUUGCCCACACAUCACAAGUUCUGGUUGACAAAUCACUCAAAGGCUGGAAGGAAAUAGAGUAUGAAGUGGUGCGGGACGCCUAUGACAAUUGCGUUACGGUUUGUAAUAUGGAGAAUGUUGAUCCUCUAGGAAUCCACACUGGGGAGUCCAUAGUGGUGGCUCCCAGUCAGACACUUAAUGACUAUGAAUACAAUAUGCUGAGAAGCACUGCUAUCAAAGUUAUUCGCCACUUGGGCAUUGUGGGAGAGUGCAACAUUCAGUAUGCCCUAAAUCCUGAAUCUGAGCAGUACUACAUCAUUGAAGUCAAUGCUCGUCUCUCACGAAGCUCUGCAUUGGCCAGUAAGGCCACAGGUUACCCGCUGGCCUAUGUGGCUGCUAAGCUCAGUUUGGGAAUCCCUCUACCUGUGCUAAAGAAUUCAGUGACUAAUUCAACAACAGCCAACUUUGAGCCCAGUCUGGAUUACUGUGUGGUCAAGGUUCCUCGUUGGGAUUUGAGCAAGUUCCUCAGAGUCAGCACUAAAAUCGGCAGUUCCAUGAAGAGCGUCGGAGAAGUGAUGGCCAUCGGCCGCAGCUUUGAAGAGGCUUUCCAGAAAGCUUUGAGAAUGGUUGAUGAGAACUGUGUUGGUUUUGACCACACCAUCAAACCAGCGUCUGAAGAGGAGCUGCAGACACCCACAGACAAGCGCAUCUUUGUUCUGGCAGCUGCCCUGCGUGCCGGCUACACAGUUGAACGGCUCUAUGAGCUGACCAAGAUAGACCACUGGUUUCUGCACAAGAUGAAGAAUAUCACCAACCAUGAGAAACUUCUAGAGGCAUAUAAUAAGGAUGAGAGUGCCAUGCCGCCUGAGGUCAUGAGGAAAGCUAAACAGCUGGGCUUCUCUGACAAACAGAUCGCCCAAGCUGUGCAAAGCACUGAGCUGGCCGUCAGGAAGAUGAGACGUGACUGGAAGAUCCUUCCAGUGGUCAAACAGAUUGACACCGUGGCAGCUGAGUGGCCUGCCCAAACCAACUAUCUGUAUCUGACCUAUAACGGCUCAGAAAACGAUGUGGUUUUUGAGCAGCCCCAUGUCAUGGUGAUCGGCUCUGGGGUUUACCGCAUUGGAAGCAGUGUGGAGUUUGAUUGGUGUGCUGUUGGGUGUAUUAUUGAGCUGAGGAAGAUGGGAUACAAAACAAUUAUGGUGAACUACAACCCAGAAACGGUCAGCACAGAUUAUGAUAUGUGCGAUAGACUGUAUUUUGAUGAGAUCUCCUUUGAGGUGGUGAUGGAUAUAUAUGAGAUGGAGAACCCAGAGGGAAUUAUUCUGUCCAUGGGUGGACAGCUGCCCAACAACAUCGCCAUGUCCUUGCAUAGACAGCAGUGCAGGAUCCUGGGCACCUCACCUGAAUUCAUUGACUCUGCAGAAAACCGCUUCAAAUUCUCCAGGAUGCUGGACACCAUAGGAAUCAGUCAGCCCCGAUGGAAAGAGCUGUCUGAUACUGAGUCUGCUGUGGGUUUCUGUGAGACCGUGGGUUAUCCUUGCUUAGUGAGGCCGUCGUAUGUUCUCAGCGGGGCUGCUAUGAAUGUUGCCUACUCAGACACUGAACUGGAAAAGUACCUGAGAAAUGCUGUUGCAGUGUCAAAGGAACGCCCUGUCGUCAUCUCCAAGUUCAUUCAGGAAGCCAAGGAAAUAGAUGUGGAUGCUGUGGCCUGUGACGGAGUGGUCAUUGCCAUAGCGGUGUCUGAGCAUGUGGAGAACGCAGGGGUGCAUUCUGGAGAUGCCACUCUGGUGACUCCUCCUCAGGACAUCAACCAGAAAACCAUGGAGCGCAUUAAGAUGAUCGUUCACGCGAUCGGCCAGGAGCUUCAGGUCACUGGCCCCUUCAACCUGCAGCUCAUUGCCAAAGAUGAUCAGCUGAAGGUGAUAGAAUGCAACGUGCGAGUCUCACGCUCCUUCCCUUUUGUGUCCAAAACACUUGGUGUCGAUCUUGUUGCCCUAGCAACAAGAGUCAUAAUGGGAGAGGAAGUUGAGGCUGUUGGGCUGAUGAAGGGGAUUGGCAUUGUGGGAGUUAAGGUUCCGCAGUUCUCCUUCUCACGGCUGGCUGGAGCAGAUGUGGUUUUAGGUGUUGAGAUGACCAGCACUGGAGAAGUGGCCUGCUUCGGAGAAAACCGAUAUGAGGCCUAUCUAAAAGCCAUGCUUAGCACCGGCUUCAAAAUCCCUAAAAAGAAUAUUCUCCUCUCUAUUGGCAGUUACAAGAAUAAGAGCGAGCUCCUGCCCACAGUCCAGACUUUGGAGAGUUUGGGUUAUAACUUGUAUGCCAGUCUAGGCACCGCUGACUUCUAUACGGAACAUGGAGUCAAGGUGAUGGCAGUGGACUGGCCUUUUGAAGAGGAGAGUGACUGUCCAAAUAAGGACAAACAAAGGAACAUCAUGGACUAUCUGGAAGAGAACCAUUUUGACUUGGUCAUCAAUCUGUCCAUGAGAAACUCUGGUGGAAGACGCUUGUCCUCCUUUGUGACCAAAGGUUACCGUACUCGUCGAAUGGCCAUAGACUACUCUGUUCCACUCAUCAUCGACAUUAAGUGCACAAAGUUGUUUGUUCAGGCGCUCAGGCAAAUUGGUCAGGCUCCUCGUGUUAAGACUCAUAUAGACAGCAUGACCUCACAGAAACUCAUCCGUUUACCUGGUUUGAUUGAUGUCCAUGUGCAUCUGCGGGAGCCUGGGGCCACCCAUAAAGAGGACUUCUCCUCGGGCACGGCUGCUGCCCUGGCUGGAGGAAUCACUAUGGUGUGUGCCAUGCCCAAUACCAACCCUGCCAUCAUUGACCCCAGCUCCUUUGCUAUGGCACAGAAGCUCGCCAAGGCCGGGUGCCGCUGUGAUUAUGCUCUCUUUGUGGGGGCAUCAUCAGACAACGCUACACUACUUCCGUCCAUUGCAAGCUCUACAGCUGGUCUGAAGAUGUACUUAAAUGACACUUAUUCCACUUUGAAAAUGGACAGUGUUUCUUUGUGGAUGGAGCACUUUGAAAAGUGGCCAAAGCACUUGCCCAUUGUGGUGCAUGCAGAGAAGCAGACGGUGGCUGCAAUCUUGAUGGUGGCGCAGCUGUAUCAGCGACCCGUUCAUAUCUGCCAUGUUGCCAAGAAGGAAGAGAUUUUGAUCAUUCGAGCUGCUAAACAAAAGGGCAUCCAGGUGACUUGUGAAGUGGCACCUCACCAUCUCUUCCUGUGUGACGAUAACGUGCCUGCCAUUGGAGACGGCAGGGCACAAGUGCGGCCCAUGCUUGGUACACGUGAGGACAUGGAGGCAUUGUGGGAAAAUCUAGACAUCAUUGACUGUUUUGCAACAGACCAUGCCCCUCAUUCAGUAGAGGAGAAAAACUCUGAGAAACCACCUCCGGGUUACCCGGGUCUGGAGACUAUGCUGCCUCUGCUGCUCACGGCUGUCAGCGAGGGUCGCCUUACCAUUGAUGACGUCAUCAAGAGGCUCUAUGAAAACCCCAGUAAAAUAUUCUCUCUUCCUGCUCAAGAGGACACUUAUGUAGAGGUGGACUUGGAGCAAGAGUGGACUAUUCCAAAGCACAUGCAAUUCACCAAGUCAAAGUGGACACCAUUCGAGGGCAUGAAAGUGAAGGGGAAAGUCAUGAGGGUGGUGCUCCGAGGAGAGGUGGCCUAUAUUGAUGGACAGGUAUUGGUACCUCCAGGAUAUGGUCAGGAUGUGAAGUCAUGGGCAGCAGCCCUGGCAGGAACCACUGUGGUGAUAAAGGAUGCUUCUAAGCGUGUGAGUGAGGCAGUGACUCCUGAGCGUCUCCGUCAGGCAGCACCCGCUCAAUUGGUCCGUAGCCGUGCCCAGAGCCCACGCCGUUCAACUGGGGACGAACGCUUAAUUCUCCCACCUCGUAUCCACCGUGCAUCUGAUCCCGGUCUGCCUCCAGAAUUGGCUACCCCAGUGGAUACAUAUGCACACCCUCCUCCCCUGGCCAGGAUCCUGUCACCUCCAGCUGGGCAGCAGCAGAUCCUGCCCCACCCCCAAACCUCCCCGCUGCUGCACCCGCUGGUGGGCCAGCACAUCCUGUCCGUGCGCCAGUUCAGCAAGGAACAGAUGUCACACUUGUUCAAUGUGGCUCAUAAUCUUCGUCUGAUGGUGCAGAAAGAAAGACCCUUGGAUAUUUUGAAGGGUAAAGUCAUGGCCUCCAUGUUCUUUGAAGUGAGCACUCGCACCAGCAGUUCGUUCUCCGCAGCAAUGCACCGUCUGGGAGGGUCAGUGGUGCAUUUCAGCGAGUCCACGUCCUCCACACAGAAGGGCGAGUCUCUGGCUGAUUCGGUUAACACCAUGAGCUGCUAUGCUGAUGUCAUUGUUCUGCGCCACCCCAUACCUGGAGCUGUAGAAAGUACGGCAAGACAUUGUCGACGGCCGGUGAUCAACGCUGGUGAUGGGGUCGGAGAACAUCCCACUCAGGCCCUUCUGGAUAUCUUUACAAUCCGAGAAGAGCUGGGAACAGUCAAUGGCAUGACUAUUACCAUGGUAGGCGAUCUGAAACAUGGUCGCACUGUGCAUUCUCUGGCUAGACUUCUUACUCAGUACAGGAUCACUUUGCGCUACGUGGCCCCCAAGAACCUCAGCAUGCCUGCCGAGAUCAUCGACUUUGUGGCCUCCAAAGGCAUUAAACAGGAGGAGUUUAACAGCAUUGAAGAGGCCCUUCCAGAAACUGACGUCCUGUACAUGACCAGAAUACAGAAGGAGCGAUUCGCCUCUGAAGAGGAGUACAAAGCAUGUUUCGGCCAGUUCAUCCUCACACCACAUAUCAUGACGGGAGCCAAAAGUAAGAUGGUGGUCAUGCAUCCUCUUCCCAGAGUCAAUGAGAUCAGUGUGGAAGUGGACACGGAUCCUCGGGCUGCUUACUUCCGGCAGGCGGAGAAUGGGAUGUAUAUUCGGAUGGCGCUGCUGGCUACUGUGCUGGGUCGGUGAAGGGAUCAUCUUAGUCUAUUUUUGGACAUCAGUGAAGGGAAAUGUUUUGUUUGCAACAUACUGAUUCCAUGAUUGGUGUCUGUGUGCUCUCCAUAUAGUUCCAGAUGGUGAGAGAGUACCCAGAUUUAUUGUUCUUUUCAGUACUGACUGCAAAAAAAAUUCCAUAUAUUGAGUAUUUGAUUUUAAACAUGACCAUUAAAGCAACCACAAACUA